AUGGGUGGCGCCCAGAAGCCGGGGUCAUCCAAGCGGGCGAGUAGCCACAGAACGUCCCUUCAGAGCCAAGAAGGGGUCCCGGCAACUUCGGGUCGCUGGGCUGAAGUCCUGGCCCGAGGAAAGGGGCGCGGGGCUGGCCCGGGGGCGGGGCUCGACGGCUUCUCCAGGGCGCUGCUGGACGUUUGCUCGGUGCAGGCGCUUCCGCUCAGCCUCGUCUCCCGCCGGGGCGGCGCGUCGAGCGAGGCCAGGCAGGCGGAGGCCCCGGGGCAGCCGACGCCUUCCGUCCGAGGGGCUCCGGCGGGGGCGGGGCGGCCCUGCCGCCGGGGCGCCCCCUCGGGGCCGAGCGCAGGCAGCCCGCUUCUCCCAGGCGGCGCCAGCCGGGGCCCGCGUCCCGUGACCCCGGAAAGCCCCGCCGCCGCCGCCGCCGCCUCCUCCUCCUGCGCAGUCCAGGCAGCAGGCGCCUCUUUCACUUUCGCCGACGGGAGGCUGCCCACCAUGACGCCGACGCUGCUGCUCCUCGCCCUGCUGCUGCCGCGACCAGCCCUGGGAAACGUGGGGGGCACCGCUGGGAGCUGUGAGUGCGUCAAACAUAAGGAGGCACCUGAGAUCGUGAAACGCUUCCCGGAGAGGCUGCAAACCUGGGAGAUCUGCAGAGAUUUCGUCAGGUUCACAUUUAAACAGCAAAAGGUGUGUGGCUUGAUUGGUGUGGAGUGGGUCGUCAACUUACAGAAAACACACCCUGCCAAAAGGAAGGGUGGAGGCCAUGCACCCACCCCCACGCCCCGAGUGCCGCUGACAUCUCCACCCCCCCUGAGCCUAGUCACUGUCAGGGACGUCCUGGUCAAGACCACUGGAACGCAGCCGGUGCAAGGCGUCACCACGGACCCUGCUCUGGCGCUGGGAACGCCUGGGAGGAGCACCGCGGCACCCCGCAGUGGCGCUGCCGGAGCGGGCCCCAGCCACUUCCCGCAGCAGGCCGAGGCGGCGCGAGGCACCAAGGCCGCCGUGAUCUCCCUGCUCGGUGUGGCCCUCGUCUCUGUGGCCGUGACCGUGGCCAUGGUGUGCCGGAGGAGGCGCCAGCGCUGGGGGAGACCCCUGGCUCCCUGUGUUCCCCUCGAGGUCCCAGGUGAGGAGGCGCUCUCCCUGCGGCUCGAGGAGACCUGAAGUGGCACCAGCUCCCGGCAAGGCACGGACUGCACAAGGCCGCAACCUGGCAGUGUUUUGCUGCAGCUGGCAGGGCUGUGCUGGGCGUGGGCAGAGGCCAGGAUUUCCCUCCCAGGAAUCGCACGUGUCUCUCCCCCCUCUGCCCUAGGGUGGGUGGCUGCCCUCCGCUCACAGCCCUCUCUCUGGAGCCUUGGCCACUUGUACAGGGGGCUGGACUCGAUGGCCUCUUAGGCCCCUUUCAACUCUACUAUUCUAUGAUUCUGUGCUGCGCCCCGCCCUCUUUUGCCCCACAGAGCAAAUAAAAGAAGUAUUUUUGUAAAAAAGAAA